AUGGCUCGUCUAGACGGAGAAGAUAGGACCCGUGGAGAUGGGGAACCAAUCACUCGUGAUGAAUUAAAUAUAGCAAUCAAGGGUCUAUGUCAGAUGAUCCUGACCUUGGGAAACCAAGCACGACCAAACGAAAACAGAGGAGAAGACCCCCGUAACGAACUACGUCCCCCAUGGCACCCUCGUCAAGAAGAUAGUGAUGAGGAGUCAGAGGAAGAAAUUCAUGACGAUCAUGUCCAACCCAAUAACCAACGCCAAGAAUACUAUCGUAUGAAGACUGAAAUCUCAUAUUUCAAUGGGCACAUACAAGUUGAAGAUUUAUUGGAUCGGCUUGUUGAAGUGGAGAGGUUUUUUGAACUUAUGGAGGUUCCCGAGGUGAAGAUGGUGAAGCUAAUAGUUUUUCAUCUCAAAAGAAGUGCUGCAGUAUGGUGGAAUCAAUUACAGAAGACGCACAAAAGGCAAGGCAAAUCUCCUGAAGCAAUUAAUGACUGA